AUUCAACAUGGAUGGUGAGGUCAGAGUACCUGUCUCGUCUUGUCUAGUGGGGAAAAUACAACCUGUCGCACAACAUAAAGAGAGAAAUAAAAUCGAAAGCAUAUAAAAUACAUACAUGUACGACGCUCUUCUACACCGUGGACUUUGUCUUUUAAAAGCGGUACAGCGUGCUUUAAUUUGCUGUGGUAAAGCUAGUGUGGGUGGGGCAUAAUACUUGCAAUUGCACUGUGCAUGUACAUGUACAUGUACAGUGUACAUGUAUACACACUGUACGUUAUCUGUGCAACUACUCAACAAGAGGGUUUUCCACAACUCAAGGAAACCGCGGGGUUCUGUUUGCCGUUCACGACGAUAGUUGGAGAGGGCUCGAAUUGAGUAAGAAUUCUGGAUCAUAACCUUGACCAUGCCUCCUAAAAGGAAAGCUGCUGUGGCCAAAGCCGGAGGCAAAAAAGCAAAGGUGGAGGAGCCCACUGCUACGGAGAGCGAGUCUGACCUCAAGCAGGCUGUGGAGGCCCUCAAGUCUGCCGAGAAAGGGAAAAAGAAGGCCUACGUCAUCGACAGCUACUUCCCAGGCAGUGGCUCUGUGUACGAGGAUUUUGACUGCAUGCUGAACCAGACCAACAUCUCGCAAAACAACAACAAGUAUUACGUCAUCCAGCUAAUACAGCAAGGCAAACAGUUCACGGUGUGGACCAGAUGGGGUCGUGUCGGGGAGCCGGGAGCCAAUCAGCAGAACUCGUUCGCUGACGUCAGUCAGGCCAUCAAGGCGUUUGAGAAGAAGUUCCAGGACAAGACGCGCAACAAGUGGGCGGAACGGGAGAACUUCAAACCGGUGGCUGGCAAGUACACCCUGAUUGAGGUGGAGCGAGGCGAAGAUGUGGAGGAGGACUUGAAGAAGUUGGGUGCACUGGAGGGCACGAGCGGCGCAACUUCUAAAAAGAGCUCGGAGUAUGCCCCAAGCAAACUGGAUAUGCCAACCCAGAAACUCUUGGAUCUGAUCUUUGACAAUAACAUGUUCCAGGAACAGAUGGAAAACUUUGAGCUGGAUGUGAAGAAAAUGCCCCUGGGUAAACUGAGCAAAGCCCAACUGGCCAAGGGCUUUGAGGCCCUGGAGGAGAUCGAGACAGCCAUCAACAGCAAGGCCAGCAACAAGAAGCUGCAGGAGCUCAGCUCCAAGUUCUACACCGUCAUCCCCCACUCCUUCGGCCGGAAGCUGCCACCGACCAUCAGCACACAGGAGACCGUGCAGAACAAGAAGGACAUGCUCCUGGUGCUGAGUGACAUAGUCAUUGCCCAAGAUAUCAAGAAAGAACAAGACGAAACACUCUCACAGUCCCAGGCUGACGUGGCACCUAAUCCGCUGGACGUGAACUAUGAACUGCUGAAAUGCAAGCUGGAGCACUUGGAGCCCAAGACAAAGGAACACGAGGUAAUUCGUACCUACGUAGACCAGACGAAAGGAGGCUGGAGGAAUCCUACAUUGCUGAAUGUCUGGAAAGUUGCCAGACAUGGAGAAGACAAACGUUUUGCCACCCAUGACAAGCUUGAGAACCGGCGCCUGCUGUGGCAUGGCACCAAUGUAGCCGUGGUGGCGGCCAUAUUGAAGACUGGCCUACGCAUUAUGCCCCACUCAGGGGGACGUGUCGGCCGGGGGAUUUACUUCGCGUCGGAGCACAGCAAGUCGGCAGGAUAUGUGGGAACAACCAAUAAGGGUACCGGAAUCAUGUUCCUGAACGAGGUUGUCCUAGGCAAGGAACACCACAUCACCAUGGAUGACAGCAGUCUGCGACAAGCCCCCUCUGGCCAUGACUGUGUCAUUGCCAAAGGACGAACCGAACCAGAUCCCAAAAAGGAAACCCACCUCAUGUUGGACGGUAAGAAGGUCGUCGUCCCACAAGGCAAGCCAGUACAACAAACCAAAUACAGCAACAGUUAUUUCUCCCAGAGCGAGUACCUUGUCUACAGUGAGAGUCAGAAUCGUAUUCGAUACAUGCUGGAGUUUAAAUUCUGAUGAAAUGUCGAGACCAGGUGGAUUUUGUAGAGUGGAGAAAUGAUGUCCCGGCAGUUGAGUUUUGAUGAAGUAAACGGAAAAGAAUUUCCGUUUAAUCUGGCAGCAAUCAUGGAUCAGCACUUUUUAUUUUUUAGUAAAUGAAAUUCUUUUUCGGUAUUUUUUCCGAAAGGUCUGUUACGUUUUUCGAUCUUUAAGCAAUCGGCUAGUUGUUGCUUAAGAGUGGAAACUGAGAGGGUCUUUUCACCAGUAUUCCUGGAAAAAAAACGAACGAGGGAAGAAGCGAAUGCUGGCAAAGUGGGCCUUGCACGUGGUAGUGAAAUCAUUGUCAAUGAAUUUUAAUUACACUAAAUGUUAAUUUCUUUUAUUUUUAAGGAAAUUCAUUCUGUAACUGUUUAUCAGAAACAUAUCAUGGAGAAGAGAUGCCUAGUUGGAAUUGAAAGUCUUUGAAAUUUUUGUAUUUUUGCUUAAAGAAAUUUCACCUAUUGCUUAAAGAAAUUACAAACCAAACUGAAAUUAAGAUUUUUUUCUUAAUUUGCAAUAUUAAAAUUCAUAUACAUAUAUACCCAGUGUAAUGUUUUAGCAAAAAACUUUGAAUUGUGUAAUUAGCCGUUAGAGAAAUUUGUAAGAUAAUUGGUUUAAAGGGAAGUCACAUCCUGUCCAUUGCUUAUAUUUUAAUGUUAACAAAUACCCUAAAAAAUCAUGGCGGUUAAAUGUAUCAGUCGAAAGACAAAAUGAUAUGGGCAAAGACUCCGAAUCAUGCCUUUGAAUUUUUAGAUUAAAAAUUGCUUUUUAGAAGGAAUCUUUUUUAUAUAUUUUCAACUAGGAAAUAUAUAUGUUUGUGUCAAAAUAUUUUAACUGUAAUGAUAAAUGUUUCAUUAUCAAAUAUAUGAAAUUUUAUUGCUGACAUAGCUUGUUUAUUACUGAUCUACAGUUGUGAUAAAAUUGUAAUGAAACCUAAAUGAAUAGAAAUUGAUGGAUAUAUUUUAGUUUAUGGUUAUGAUUCAACUCAUUCUUAACAGCUAGUGUUGGAGGAGGAGCUGUAGGAGCUUUCUCUUUCUUUAGCGCAGUAUGUGUGACAGAAAAGGCGGUGAUUGUUUUUAAGUUGAUUACUAGUUGUGCCAUACCUAAAUGAAAUACAUCUGGUUAUGUAAUCAAGUUAAUUAGACAAAUGUGGAUUGCCUGCGUUGUGCAUUUAUAUUGCAAACAUGAAAUUGAUCGCUUGCACUAAACUGUUUUUUUCUGUUGUACCACAAGUGUUUCGUGGUGUCUUGUCACGCUUUUGAAUUCAAACAAGCAAUAUUUCAAUUAAGAACUCGAAAAUUGGUCGCAUCAAUCAUCGAUGUUAGACACAGUACAAAAUGCUUGAUAGUUAAAUAUGUUGUACCUGUCGCCAUUUAAUGCAUAAAACCUGGCGCAAGUUUCUUGUAGUUUUGUUCGUUUUCCCAUACAAUUGUAGUAUUGCCGGUUUAGUUCUGUUGAAUAGUGAAAUAUAUUCCUGGAUUGUCUCAGUUUAUGACCAUGACUAACCAGAAGGGGGCAACUUUUGUCCUGUAGGCCUACAUGUUGAUUUUUCUUUCUCGUUGAAUGAAAAGGACAUACUGAGGUCGACUUGUGAUGUCUAAGAAAGUA